CUAGAAUCUGUCAAUCAAAGUUGCACCUCAUUUUCUAUCAUAAUAAAUCGUAUGAAAUUUGUCUAGCUAACAUUAAUUUUCCAAUAAUGGCUUUCCUAAACAAAUUAGUGCUGUUUGCCGGAUUUGUGUCCCUUCUUCAUGCGGCAUACUCAGCUGCCCAGCACCGAGCUUAUCUGAGAAUCACGGAUCAGGAGUUCACGAAUCUCCCAGUGGAUAUUAUCUUUCAAGCUAUUCUCAGUCUCGUGUUGAUUAUCUAUAACAUCCUGCAAGUGGUCGGUGACUUUAAAGAAAUUCGCGCAGCUGUGGAUCUGCAGGCCAAAUCGUGGGAAACCCUCGGAAACAUUCCUUCGUUCUAUACCUUCAACCACCGGGGUAAAGCACUAUCCCCAUUCUAUGAACAGCCCAAUCCGGCAGCGAUGGAUCGGUCCGAUUUAAGCACUUUUGAGUGAUUGGGUAACACAUUGUUCUACGCUAGUUUGAUGGAAGUAUGUAAAAAUUUCUACUCCUAAAAUCUUAAGUACAUAGGGUCAAAUGUAAUACUAAUAGCAAAAGGGUAUCUUCAGCGGCGUCACAAAUUGUAUGGAAAGUCACAGAAAUUUUUAACGCUGCUGGCGACGAUCAAAUAUCUGUUUGACGCUUUGUAUCAUCACAUCCUUAGCCCUUUUUUUUCAAGGACAUAAUUAACCAAUCGUUGCCACAUAGCGUCCAACAGUUUAGAUCUUACCAUUCAAUAGAAUAAUUUAUUACGCCAUAGUAUUCCGGACUUCAUAUUUU